AUGGCGCCAUCUGUCCGCCUGCUGGCAGCUGCAGCUGCGCUGCUCUGCCACCAGGUGUCAGGCCAGACCGAGGAGCUCGGUCCUAAUUACAUCGGCCAGGAGGGUAAACCUCCUCUUCCGGAGACUGCCCUGCUCAACGGCAAGGUUGUGGAGCUGGACGAGCUAGGCGACAUCAUCUACCUGAACCGCAGCAGCGCCAACCUUAACUGUGCCGACGGCAACAUGCAGAUCGACGUCAACUUCAAACAGCCCUUCAACGGCAUCAUCUACGCCAACUUUGACCGCACAUCCCCCUGCACCUGGCACGGCAACGGCAAGACCAGCUACCAUGUGGAGCUGCCGCUGCGGGGCUGCGGCACAAAACAGGGUCCAGCCCGAGUCUUCACCAACAACAUCAUCAUGCGCUUCCACCCGCACCUGGAGUGGGAGGGGGACGAGGUGGUGACGAUCGUGUGCCGCUACCCACCGCCGAUCGCCGCCCCGCCCGUGGCCGGGCUGCCCCUCAUCGCCGACCCGCCGGCGGCGCCCAUCACGCCCCUGAAGCGGCUCGGUGAGGCCGACAUCAUCAUGAUCAUCUGCGCCAUCCUCUUCCUGGCGCUGCUGCUGCUCGGCCUCGGCUUCGGCUACGCCUGCGUCAAGAAGCGGCGGAUCAGCCUGAUCAAGAAGGUGCCGCUGGAGAGCGCGCCUCCGUCAGAGUACUCCGGCUCGGUGCCCAUCUUCGACGGACUCAAGAUCCCGCGCGCGCACGCCAUCCCGCUAGUCGACGACGUGACGAGCUCCGAGACGCUGCCAUCCGACUACCCGUCUGAGUCUCCGAGCACGGCCCACUCGGAGGUCGGGAUCGACAUGAUCCAGAGGGCCAUGCCGCCGCUGGAGGGGCCGCCCCCCGUGCCCAUGCCACUGGUGGGGGGCGGCGUGCCCAACCGCGCUUACCUGAUGACCGAGGAGCUCCUCAACACCACCCACACGGACAAGAUGGUGCGCGAGGAGGUGGACAUCCACCGGCAGCCCAAUCUGGCGGCCCGACGACCUGACGCCGAAGCCCUGCACGCCGCUGAACAGCAGCUGACGACCAUGCUGACAUCUAGCGAGCGGCGCGUCAGUCAGUCUCCGGAACCUCCGGCGCACGCCGUCAUCCACCACCAGGCGGAGCUGCACGCGCCGCCGCGCGCCGAGCCGCCGCAGCCGGUGUUCAGCAGCGAGUUCCGCGUGCACCAGCCGCCGGCGCCGCCGCCAGAGCCGUCCGAGCCCGACACAGUGGCCUCGCAGGAUGUGCUGGACACGACUGAAGUACUGACGGCCCCGCUGCCGCCGCCGCCGCCGCCGCCACACAAGCCCACUCUCACCACUCAGACCGUGGACGACAGGAUCCUCUCGACCAUCACCGAGACUAAGGUGUACGAGGACAUCGAGCGCCGGCGCCGGGCUGUCAAGGAGUACUACGAGCGCCAGCAGCAGGCGCCGCCGCCCGACUGGGACGUGGAGAUCCGCCAGUACCCGCCAGCCGAGCGUGACUUCCCCGACACAGCCUCCUCGCACUGGGACGACUCGUCGAUCGGCACCGAGGUGCCGCCACUGCCCGGACUGCACACGGCACACACCGCCUUCGAGACGGAGCGCAACCUGUUCUCGGCCACGGACGAGACGUUCCUCACCAGUACGCGUACCGGGCGGGACGUGACGCGUUCGGCGGAGCGCAGCACGCUGGUGGCGCCGCCGCCACCGCCGCCGCCGCCGCAGCUGCCGCGCCCAUUGGAGGAGCGGCCCGAGGAGCCCAUCCGACCCCUGCGGCGCGAGAUCACGCCGCCGCGGCGCAACCCGCCCUCCAUGGACGUGCUGAUCCGCGUGCUGGAGGCGCCGCAGGAGUUCGAUGACCGCCUGAGCGUGCUGACCGACGACGACCGCGAAACGCUGCGGCAGCUGAUCACCCGCGAGGAGACGUUCCGCACGCUGCUCACCGAGGCCCGCGUCUACCAGGACUUCGAGCGCAUCAGGCAGGACACGCGGUUCGCGCGCGUGCUCUCGCCACAGAAGUGGGACGUCAUCAUCCGCGUGCUGGCGCCGCCGCCGCUCGAGGUCACGCCGUCCGAGUUCUCCGAGACGACGCGCGCGCCAUCCGAGAUCACCGACUUCUCGGACAUCCCUGAGCCGCCGCCGGAGCCGCGCAUCCACCGGUACCGCAAGCGGCCUGACCAGCUGCAGCAGCUGCCGCCUGUGUACGAGUACGAGACGGACGGCCGACCGACGCGGCCGCCGCGCUCCGGGCCGGGCAGUACCCGCUCCCAGGUCACCACCAGGUCGAGCUACGGCGGUGACGUGCGCUCGAUGACUGAGGAGAUGGUGUCGUUCCACCGGUACCAUCCGGACGACUGGUCCGACUCGCCGGGUCUGCGGCCCUCGCUGCCCGACGAGCCGCCGCUGCCGACCGACGGCCGCGGCGUGGUGCGCAGCACGACCGAGUUCACCGAGACCUGGGGCGCCUACCCGAGCGACGGGCCUGACAUGCCGGGCACGGCCGGCACGCAGCGCCACUACUUCGAGAGCCACCAGGAGGUGAGCGCGCGCGGCGCGCCGUCCACGAUCGGCGACCGCGAGGAGGUCUACUCGAUGGCCGAGACGGACGUCGACUGGCAGCGCCGGUAGAAUGCUGGCGGACGUGGGCGACGGCUGCCGGAGUUGGUAGAGUGGAACGAGAGGCGGUGGAGCGCCGGCGGAGAAGAAGAAGAGCUUGCGGAGGGGCGGAUAGCCGGCAGAGCGUCGGCGCGACUGGUAGAUGACGGUGGCGUCGGUCGAGUAUGCGGUGACGCUGGUGGUGUUUUCAGAUGAGCCGGUAGAAGGCCGGUGGAGUCGGUGGGUCGGGCAGACGAACCCGCCACCAUAACGCCGCGGCACGAUAGCCGCAUACUAAUCGCAAUCUAACCCGGUGCUUGUCGCGUAGGCCGGACGGGCGGCGGCGUCCCAGCACGCGUACGUGCCAGACGGCGCCCGAGGGACCGUGCGGCCGCCAGGGCCGACUUCUAAUACUGUGAUAACGCGCGCAAAAGAGACCGUGUCAGGCUGCGAGAGGGCGCGCCGGCCGGCCGCCAGACCGCCACCAGACGUCAGAGGCCCGCGCCGGGCCACGCGCCCUUCCCGUGGCAUAAAGUGGAUUGUGCCCCGCUCGUAUACUAAUGAUCUCGGCGAGAAGGUGAGCGCGCGCACCACACGCCGCUAAACUGGCCGGCAGGCGCCGCUGGCGACCGCGCUGGCCAUAACCGACAAACUCGUCCGACUAACGCUGCUAACGAUAGCAUAGACAAACCGCCGAGGUUCGCCCGCCCGUUCUGCCGCGCGAGGCCGGUCCCAGUGGCGGCUCCUCCGGGGGCCUCCCCGCCAGGAAUCGGAGCGAUCUCCGACACCGACCGGCGCGCCGCCCUGGCAGCCGUCAGCAGAAGUGCGCCGCCGGACCGCCGGCGCGCGCCCGAACCGGCGCCCAAGCCGGGCUCGUCCCCGCGGACUCGUGGCCCGUCUGGGACGAGCCCGGCCUAGGGCCCUGCGCACUGGCUCACCGCGCCUAUCUCAGUGUGUGUGUCUGUCUGUCUGUGUGUACUGGUGGAUGGUGGAUAGAGGGACUGUGUUUGACAUGGCCUGAGCCACGUCCUUGGGCACGCGCCUGCUGGACGGAGGCCGAAGGUCGCUGCAAGAUAGGACGCUGGGACUCUGCACAGAGGACGAAUCUCAUUGUAAUGCUUCACAGAAAAUACUUAAUACAUUACGUCUGCUAAUA